AUGCUCGGCCUGACCUGGUCCAUGACCUUCUGCUCGCAGACACACUUUCUUGUCUUCUUGGACGAUGACUACUACCUCAACGUACCGGCACUGGCCGCCCUAUUGGUCGAGUUGCUGCCGUCGCAGCCCCAGAACAAUUCCGCGCCCCCACCCCAGCAACUGGUGAAGAGGCUGCAGCAGCAACAGGAGGCCGUUGCCAGCGACACAUUUGACCGUAGCCUGACGGAGUCCAGCCAAGGUGGAGCCAACAGUUCCCAGUCGGGCGAGCACUCCUUCAACCGAACUGCAGGCCAGCAACGGAGUCAGGUCGGAUGGCCGAAGCAGGCCUACUUUGCUGGAAAAAAGGAGCGGGCCGUCGCAAAAGCCUGGGUUGCUUCUCAGGCCAACCUCGAUUACGAGUCCGUUUUCAUCGGUAGGUGCUGGAGAAGGCUAAUUCUUUUCAUAAUUGUUGGGCAAUCGGAGCGAUGGUUAUAA